GUUUUUGUUUACGUGGAUUCUAUCUUUAAUUAAACAGAGGAUGAGUGAAACAUGGUAUUUGACAAUUUAAGAAUAGAAUCGAACAGGACGAAUAUAUAUCUACUCCUGUAUAGUAUUGCAUUAUUUUCGCAGUUCAGCUUUUCUCAUCGUCGAUAUUUGCUGACUAAAUUAUAACCGUUUAUAUAUUUUAAAAGCUAUGAUGAAAAUAGGGCUCUCACAGAUGGUGAAAGAGAGAAUGGGCGAGCACAGGCGGGUGUUUAGCAACUCGUGCUGUGGUUUAAAAGACUUUUCAAAAAGACGAUAGAAAAAUUCUCCGCGAUAUGACCUGUGAAAUGAACUAAAUUCAAAGCCCUGGUAGAAUUGAGUGGCAAAAACAGUUCUCUGCUGACAAUGAGACUUUUGUAGAAUAUAAAUAAACAAUACUGUAACUCUGGCACAGAUCUUACAGGAUAAACAAGUAAUUUGUGAUGGAUUAUGUAACUGUAGUUGAACAUGCAGUGAGACAGUUAUACAUGGAAGGAAAUAAUGACGUGCAUUCUUGGCUUUUACGGGUUCAGGCCUCCCCGGAGGCUUGGACAUUUGUCUGGGAACUUCUAGACCCUUCUAAAUCGUGGGAAUUACAAUUUUUUGCAGCUACUACAUUGCACACCAAAAUUUCUAAACAAUGGGAUGAAGUGCCUAAAAAUGAAUACCCUGUUCUGCAAGAGCGUUUGCUCAGUAUUAUGAAACAACCAAAUAUGCCCAAAUUUGUCCUCUCUAAACUCUGCCAAACGUUGGCUGGAUUUGUGAUGAAUGUCAGUGCUACUGAAAAUGAGGAAAAAGAUAAAAAUAUUGUAGACGAACUCAUGAGGAUAUUGCCCUAUGAUUCGCUUCCUAUGUUGGAAUUGUUACUACGCACGCUUUCUGUGUUACCGUCUGAGAAAAGAUUUGAAGAAAAACUUAAGUUACCCAAAACUUUGUGUAAUGGUUGGUACAGAACCACAUGGCUUCUACAACAAAUUUUCUCAAUGUGCAAUCCAAAUUCCCAAAAUAGCGAUAAUGCAUUGCACCUGUUAGCAAUGGAGUGUGCAUUAUCGUGGCUCAAGGUCUAUCAACUUCCUUUAGAUGCAACUGGACAAAUAUAUCCUCAUUUACUAAUUGCUGCAGCGUAUUAUGCGCCAAGCAGAGAAGGUUCGGACGAGGAAAAUGCCAGAGGUUGGGAAAUUGUUCAAGAAUGUUUAACUAUAAUAGUAACCCAUUAUGAACUUAGAAAUAGACCGCAAACGUUAUGGAAUUGGGCGCGAAAUUUGGUAAUCAUAGCUAGGCAAUACAGCGGACAGUACUUCUGUGAAAUCUUAACUGCUAUUGGCGAAACUCAUAGCAGAGAAUUUUUAAUUGCUUUAGUGCAAGGAAAUGAUACACAAAAAUGGACUUCUGAAAACUUGAUCGAGUUACUAUUAGAAUGUUCGGAACAAAAAGGACGGUAUCCGACGGAUGAAACUCGGAGUUGUAUACCAUUUGAAUUUUGGUCCUUGUUACAAGAUGAUACUGCUACGCUCGACGAACCUUACGAGAGUUAUGCUUUAGAGGCUGUAAAACCCAUUUAUGCAAGAUUGGCUCAAGCAUUAUUGCGAAAAUCAACGCUUCCUUCAUCUCCGAGUGAAGCAGGGGACGCGGAAGAACGGGAACUCUUUAGAUGUUACAGACAGGAUAUUGCGGACACCUUCGAUUACUGUUAUAGGGUACUGAGAGAAGAUUUAUUGAUACUUCUCGGACAAAGAUUAAGUCAAACACUGAACGAUACGGAAAAGUGGACCGACGUGGAAUCAACGUUACACGCUUUCGAAGCUAUAGCGGUUAGUGUUGGCGUAGAAGAGUCGCAUUACAUUCCUGCUCUGAUGGAUUUGAUUCUCACUCAUAUCCCUUAUGAUCACUAUCCGAGAGAGCUUUUAGCAUGCGCGUGUUCAACAAUAGGAUCGUACGCCGAGUGGAUAGGGAAACAUCCGGAUCCCUGGCUAGAAAGAGUAUUGCAAAUCGUGACUUUAGGUUUAGUCAGUGGUUCCGUGACAGCACCCCUUGCUAGUAUGGCUUUGAAGGACCUAGCAAGAGAAUGUGGACGACACAUGGCACCUUUUGCGCCAUCUAUUUUAAAUACAAUUGAGCAAACACUUCCAAACGUUACACCCGGCGGCAUGGAAGGUUUGCGAUUGAUGUACGCCGCCGGCAAAUUAUUAACCAGUUUAUCCACCGUCGAAGAGCGACUAGCCCACCUCGAUGCCACGUUGGGUUUUUGCAUAAUAAAAAUACGAGAAUUGUUGAAGCAACCAUUGUUCAUGGCCCGCGUUGCUGUAACAAAACAAUUAAAAAUGGUUAGUAUGUUUUUUUCUACGCUGGAAGAAUCUAUCGGAAAGACUGUACUACACGGACUACUCCCAAUAUUCAAUCAAAUUGUUGGGCAUCCUGAGUGGGGGCAGGACAAUGCUACACUAGAAGAGAUGUACGUUUGCGCACAAAAUUCUCUGUCAUCGUUGUUGCAUCCCGAAGUUGAUGCCCGACCUCUUCUUCCGAUCUUGGCUGGUUCAUACAAAACGUGGCCCCACCCUGCCGCGUUGGAUCUUCUUCGACAACUUGUACCACUGUUCGGACGAGAUCCCGAUAAUGUCAUAGGACCCAUUUUCGGAGAAUUGAGUUCGGUAACGUUAAGCGGUGUUAGAGCCUGUAGAUCCGUUAAUGGUAAUUUGUCUGAUUGGGCGGAACUGAUGGAGGCAUAUCUUGGACUGUUGGGCCAAAUUUGCAAGAAAAAUACUAGGAUGUUGCUGCAAAUCCCAGAUCAAAUUCCGGAGAUGUUACAAUGUGGAAUCAAUUGCUUAACGCUACCGGAAACUGGAGCAGUCAAAGCAGCUGGGUAUUUCCUCACUCAUGCCAUCAGACAGAGUCCACACUUGCAAACGUUCAUUCAACCAAUCGGCCAAGAACUCGUUUCUGUGAUUUUACAAUGUGUGGGUGGAGUGGUACCACGGAACAAUUUAGAACCUCAUGCAGAAGUUUUAUUAGCACUGAACAAAACGUGCGUGGAAUGGAUGGCACAAUGGCUUCGUGUCGCAUUCGAAAAACACUCGGAACUAUUCUCAGUCUCAGAAGUACAAAAAGUAUCUUUUAUACGUAUUGUCAUACGAGAACGGUAUUAUGCAGGGCGAAUGUGCAAGAUUCUAAAGGAUUUCAAUCUUCAAAAUUUAGCUUCGCCUAAAAAUUGAACUAUAAUGCCAUAUCAGCGAUAAAAUAAAAAAUGUAACAAAAAGGAACUCAUUGUAUCAAUGAGUAUACUCGAUACUGUUUGCGUAUUGAAUGAUAUCUUUUUCGCGAACAGACUUAAUCAGGAUAAACGUUUAUCUUUUAUGUAACGAGUAAUUUUAAAUAAAGACCG